AACGUCGUCGUAAGCUUCUCUCUUUUAUGUGCGGGUUAUUUGUGUAGGCAAGUGUAGAUUCACCUAACAGAGCCGGGAAAAAUGACCCUUAUAUCCUCUACAAUUCAAAGAGAUAGAUCGGAGGUUUUAUCGGAAAAAAAAGAUGAUCUGGUAAAAACAAUUAAAUGUUAGAUUAGGAAUGAUUAGAUAUAGUCACUUUAGAUAGAUCAUGGGAGAGAGAGACCAGGGGGAUCUUCGGUGUUCUUUCACACAGCUAGUCAUACCUCACCACUGCUCUAAUUAAGAAAGAAACUUGACGGUGUUACAAUAUUGAAAUUACGAGUUACUGUGUAUGUUUAAAGAAUAAACAAGAAGAACAGUUUGAUCACGGAUAGUACUCGUGAAGAGUCUUCUGUUGGUAAUAUUAUUAAUGUAAUAUAAAGCAUCUCGAACUCUAUAGUUAUUUGCUGGUUGACAUAAAAUGUAGCAUAAUCUAACUACCAGUUCUAUAUUAAUUUGUUGAUGAUAAGACCGUGAUACAAGGAACUACAAGGAGUGCCUUACAUACCUGUUUACAAGAGUAACGUGAUACAAGGAACUACAAGGAGUGCCUAACAUACCUGUUUACAAGAGUAACGUGAUACAAGGAACUACAAGGAGUGCCCAACAUACCUGUUUACAAGAGUAACGUGAUACAGGAAAUAACUCUUCUGUAUACCUGUUAGAGACACAGGCUUAAUAACCACCACCAUGGCAUUCAGAGCACUGACUAAAAUAAAAGUUAAGGUAGAUGUGAAGCCUGUGAUGGAAAAUUUGGUAUUUCGUCUACAUUACCGCUACACCUACAUUAUUUACAUGGUGUGUAUGAUCCUCUCUACCCUCUACGGUAUUAUAGGAAAAAAGAUUGAUUGCAUGGGUGGAGUGUCGUCGGCAUCCUACAUGAAGGUGGUCAACAAUUAUUGUUUUAUUAUGGGCACCUUCACGGUGGAUAGGCUUCACGACGUCAAGAUAGGUGCAGAAGCUCCCCACCCUGGGAUAGGUCCUGUACUGCCAGGUGAAACUAUCACCUACCACACCUACUACCAAUGGGUUCCUUUUGUCCUUUUCAUCCAGGGGGCGAUGUUUUACGUGCCUCACUGGCUAUGGAAGAUGUGGGAAGGUGGACUUUUUAAACAAGCCAUACAAGACCUGGCCAUCCGUGACUACCUGGGCUCAAAUCUCAAAAAUUACUUCAGUCGAGAAGACAUGUACCGCACCUUAUCGAGAUACAUCCUUCACUACAUGGGAAGACACGAGUCAUGGGCACACAAGUUCUUCUUCUGUGAGUUCCUCAACCUGUUAGUGGUGGUAGCUACCUUGUUCUUCACUAACUGGUUCCUAGGCGGCGAGUUCUUCACCUAUGGAGUCAACAUGCUUGAAGUAGUCGGGUUGGACCCGGAGAACCGGACGGACCCUAUGUCUUACAUCUUCCCUAAGAUGGCAAAGUGUGUUUUCAGGAGCUUCGGUGCCUCGGGAACCAUCCAAGUACGGGACGUUAUGUGCCUCAUAGCUACUAACAUCAUCAACGAGAAGAUUUAUAUCUUCCUGUGGGUAUGGUUAGUGUUGCUGACCAGUGUCACUUCUCUGUGGCUCGUCUUCCGACUCCUCACCGUCUCCAUACCCUUCUUCAGACACUUCCUCCUGAAGUUACACACGAACGAGAAAGCAAGAAUACAAGUGAGUCGAGUGAUGGAGCACUGUUCUUUGAGUGAGUGGUUCCUCUUGCUCAGCUUAGCACAGAACAUGGAGACCAGUGUCUUCAGUGAGUUCCUCACCCGCUUCGCUACAGAACUGACAGCUUCCCCGGACACUAAACCCAUCAACAACAGCAAGGAGGAGUUUUGAGAACAACCUAACAGGGGCUUGUUAUACUUCAAUGGGUUACGAGAAAUGUAUCAUUUCAUAACUAAAUUUGAAGAAAUUAUUUCUCGCAUUACCUCCAGCAAAUUUGAAUACGUUCAUUGAGUUUUUGGUGGGUAAAUUUCGAUAAAUUAAUUUAUUGGAUAUUACAAAUAAUUUUUGAAAAUAAAGAAAAGUGACAAUACUAAGGGUGGAACAAGUCACUAAUAACCGGCGUUUGGGCACAGAAAGCAAAGGUGAUAUCAAGUAAUUACGUAGUACCGAAUGGAGAAUUCUGUUUGAUGUGUCAGGGUCGUUAUGACCUUCAUGUAUUAAGUGUGAAUGGUGUCAAGAUUAUAGUUUUAAGACCGUGAAGAGCUUUAGGGCUUAUGUAGAGUGUGCGUUUAUAGCCUUUAUUGGGCAUAUUUCAUGUGCGAUAAUUGUAUCGCAAUGAGAGGUUAUUAAAUUAUGUUUGUGUUGAGUGUUGUGGGUUUUUAGCGAGUGUACUGUCUUUAUUUUAACAUUAUAUAAUGUGCUCAUCCAGUUGCUGCGAGAUGGAACGCUAAUGACUUCCAUAAAUUGUAAUGCCUCGUUAAUAAGUUUGUAAUGGGACAGUAUG